GACGAUCUUCGGCGGUGCUAGCCGGCUAUCAGCUAGCUCAGAGAGACGCCAUUAGUUGGGAGAAGCGCAGGGUUUCGGUAUCAGGUAGAAACGGGACGUAGCUCAGUGUUCGGACCCGUUUCCUCCCACCUGUUGGUAGAUAUCAAUAAAAGUCAGAGUCGCUUCUGCUGUCGACGCGUUUCUCUCCUGAUUUUAGCUCCUUUUUUAAAAGACGGAAGCUGAUGUGAGCUGCGCAGGACUUCAGCUGUGAACGGGGUUAGCAUUAGCAUCAGCGUCGCUAGCUUGAUACGGCUUGUUUUGAUUCGUGGGGAAAAAGAAGCGACAAGACUUGUUUGGUAAAACACUGCCUGCCAUGGCGGCCGGAGGGACGGGCGGCAAAACCUACUCGUUCAAGGUGGUGCUGCUGGGCGAAGGCUGCGUGGGGAAGACGUCGCUGGUGCUGCGAUACUGCGAAAACAAAUUCAACGACAAACACAUCACAACUCUACAGGCGUCCUUCCUCACAAAGAAGCUCAACAUCACAGGAAAGAGAGUUAACCUGGCCAUAUGGGACACAGCAGGUCAGGAGCGUUUCCAUGCGUUAGGUCCCAUCUACUACAGAGACUCCAAUGGAGCCAUUCUAGUGUACGACGUUACAGACGAAGACUCCUUUCAGAAGGUGAAGAACUGGGUGAAAGAGUUGAGGAAAAUGUUGGGGAACGAGAUUUGUUUAUGUAUAGUAGGUAAUAAAAUUGAUUUGGACAAAGACAGACAUGUUUCAGUGGAAGAGGCUGAGAGUUAUGCAGAGUCGGUGGGAGCCAAACACUACCACACAUCAGCCAAGCUAAAUAAAGGCAUCGAGGAGCUCUUCCUGGAUCUCUGUAAAAGGAUGAUGGAAACGGCUCAGGCUGAGGAGAGAUUGAAGGGCAACGGAGCCAGCCAAUCAGCAUCAAGUAGGCGGGGCGUACAGAUCGUGGAUGACGAACCACAAGCCACGCCCGCUGGAGGAUGCUGCUCUUCUGGCUAACACACACACACAGGCACACACACACAGUCUCUCUGCCAUACAUGCUUGCAGACAUAAUAUUCACACACACAUUUACGAGCGUCUCUGUCGUCCAGUUUCUCUGAACUCUUAAAAAAAACUUAAUCCCAACUGUUGCUGCUGUUCAUUCAGCACCGCCUCUGCUGCUAAGGAGCAUGGGAACUCAUAUUUGAAAUGGUUUAAUCGCUGUUUCCUCCCAAAUAAAAGAUUAAAAUGAUUUAAAUUUGACAAAAAUCACAUUUUCAGCACUUUAAUUUCCUGCAGAAGCAAAACUUCGCCCAGAGAAACGGCGAAGGCCACACGUCAACCUGCAGCUGUUUGUGUGUCAUUAAUUCAUCAUUAAUAAAAGAGCUGAAAUAACUUUGAGGACAUCGAACGGCGGCAGAGAUUUAUUUAGUUAUUUUUGUUUAUUUGUGGUGGGAAGUCUCUCGAGGGAUGAAACAUACAAACACACACACUGUAUAAACCUCCAUUAAUCAUCAUAUUUAUCUCAAAAUAUAAACAUGUUUUCUGUUUUCAAACCCAGAGGAGCAGCAGGCGGACAGCGCCACCUGCUGGGUGCAAUGACAAAUUAUUAAAGGACAGGUUCAGAUUUUUUCAUGCUCAUAUUAAUACACUCACAUGUUGUUUUACUGCAGGUGUUUCACCUCGGACACAACCCAGAAUAAAAAAAACAUCAGUGGAAACUAAACGUGGGGAUGUUGUGUUAAAAAGAAAACCUCAUUUCAGCUUCAGCUGAACUUCAGAGCGGAUUUUUACACAGAGUAGAGACAUUAUAUCCUCCAUCUCUGACAAAGUAGGAGUGACGAUCACAGUGAUCAACAACUCUUGAAACUAAACUCCCAGAUUUGGAAGACUAUUUCUGCCAGUGUGAUGGAAGAAAAAAUAAGUUAUUAUUAUGAGAGACAUUUUAGAGAUAAUGAGUUAGUAUCUCAAAAUAUUGAGGAACUUCCACUUUUCCAGCUUUGUGAUGGUAGGCUUGAGUCAGAGUUUUGAUAAAAUGAGUCAUUAUUUUGAGGAAGUUUCUCGUUAUUUUGAUAAAGCUUCAAACUAGUUAAUAUUUUAAUAGUUACUCAGUAUUUUCAGAAACUACGUCAGUAAUUUGAGAAAGUUUCUGAUUUUUUGAGAAAUUAUGUCAAUAUUUUAAAGAAGUUUCUCAUUAUUUUGAGAUACUAACUCAUUUCCAAAAAGUCUCAGAAAAUAAUGAGUCAGAAUUUCAAAAUAAUGAAACUAUCAAAAUAACAAAACCAAGGCAAUAUUUUGAGAAAUUGCAUCAAUAUUUUUAAAUGUUUCUCAAUAUUUUUGUGAUACUAAAUACUUAUUUAAAAAUACAAACUCAAAAUUUCUCAUCAUAAAGACUGACAUGUAUUGGUGAAAAUGGUCUUCCAUACUGAGGAGCAACGAUGAGCUGUGAGUGAUUACUGGACCACGUGACUCCCCAAAAUACACUUGUUGUAAAAUAAUAACUUUUUCUGAACAUCAUUAAAGGUCCAAUAAAAAGUUGACAGUGUAAAAGAGUCACAUCAGUAAAUUAUUUUUGUGUGAGGUUUCCACAUACCUUCAUGCUGGAGGUGUGUGAGUGUUGUAUUAAUAUAAAACUGGAAAAAAGUCCGAACUCGCCCUUUAAUCUGAGCAGUUUACUCUUCACAUCUGUCAGUAUGAACCACGACGUCAGUCAGAGCUGCACACAAAUUAAAAACAAUUAUAAAACCUGAAUAUUUAAAAUGUUUCCAUUUCGUAAGAAGCUGCAGGUGUUUUAUUGUAAACUAAAAUUACAUUUGUUAUUGUUACAAUUAAAACAACAUAAUUAAGUAAAUGAAGAGGAAAUCAUAAAGUAACAACAAGAAAGAAAACAAAUCAAAAUCUCAACCUCAGUUUCAUGUUUCACUCAGCUGCUGCUCAACCUGAUAUUUUUGUUUGUGAAAUAAACUGCACUUUGUUAAAAUCAAAUUUAGGGAAAAAAAAAAGAAUAAAUUACCAGUUAAAUGCAAACAUCUCAGUUUGCUGCACGUUUGCUAAAAAUAAACAUGAAAACAUUGAUCAAAAUGUGCCUGUACUGCAGUUUAACUGUUUAUAUUUUAUUUUUCUGAAUCCUGAAGAUAUUUAGUUAAAAUAAUAAGACAGCAAAAAACUGGAACAUUCUGAUUUAGUUUUCUUUCCAUCGACUAAUUAAUCGUUUCAGCUCGACUGAUGUUGGUCUGUUAAUUUAUCUUCAUGUUGUAAAAACAAACAAACAAAAAUACUUAAUUUAUAGAUUAAAAAUGAAUUAACAAAACUCAAACAUUGAUCAAAGUGUGCAGUUUGAAAUACAUUAAUAUAUAAUAUGUUUAUUAUUGUGACAUUAUAAUCUUCAGUUAUUUUUAGUUUAUGCAAUAAAAUGUUAAAAUAUUUUGAGAGAAAAAAAACUUGAAAUAAUUUGCUUCAUCCAAAAACUAACAAAAAUAUAUUCAGUUUACGAAGAUGAAAAAAAGAUAAAAUGAUUUUUGGUCUUAUCAAAAAAAAUAAAAAAUAAAAAAUUGUAGUGAUCAGUGUAUUGAUGAAUUGAUUCAUUUUUCAGCUCUGUUGCUGAUGAUCUGGAUUUUUGGUCUUUAAAUUAAACAUUGAUAUUUUUUGUGAAUUUUUUCUUUUUUUUUUUUCCCCAUUCCAAAAUUUGAUUUUAUGUUAAUAACCAUCCCGUUUUAAAAAUAAUACACACACACACACACACACACACACACAUAUAUAUAUUUAAAGAAUGAAAAUGUGUUAUAGUUUGACAACUGAAUAAAAAUCAUUCAUCAACAUUUAUUUUCAGGUAUUUGAUGAAUUAAUUGUUGUUUUUGUCGUCCAAACUCCAAAAUAUUUGAUUUAAAUCAAAAUAAAACCAGAAACAGAAGCUGGAAACAGAUAAUUUUUGACAUUUUUGUGUUAAAAAGUUCCAAUAAAAUUCUCGUCAGUUCUCGCUGUAAUUGAUUAAUUCAGCUCUGAAUAUUAUAAAAGCUUCCUAAAUAUUGUGCAGCUCAAAGUUCAGCUCCUUCAUCCUCCUCCUCUUCCUCUACAUGGUUUUAAAACACACACACACACACACACACACACACACACACACACACACACAGAAAUAA